GAUACACAACCGAUGCUUCAGAACUGAAGUGCGCACGAUGGAUUGUUCCGAAGCGCAAAAGAACAGGUCGAAAAAUCAUGGCUUUUCAGUAAGUCCAGGCAUCUUGUUUUCUGCUUUCUGCCUGCUUCUAUACACCGCGGGGUACAUCAGAAUCGAGCUGAAGUUGAAUAAUCACGAUGAGCAGUUGGAAGCUUUUGAAAAAGCAACUGCCAUGCUGAAGCACAGAAUGGCAAAGGCCUCGAUGAAAGGAAACUUAACCCUGAAAUCAAGCAAGGAGGUAGUCAAUGAAGCGAUUUAUCAGCGGUUCAAACGGGAAACCUCAGCUGACGGACCAGACGAUUUUCCUAACCCUUCAUUCAAUUUUACAGACCUACCGUACAAUUAUACAGAUCUGCCAUUCAACUUGACGGAGAUUUUUGGAAAUAAUUCGCCAUUCAACUAUACAGACAUCUUCGGUAACAAUUCUCCAUUCAACUAUACAGACAUCUUCGGUGAAAACUCACCUUUCAAUUAUACAGAUAUAUUCGGAAAUGGUUUACCACCAUUUAAUUUCUCGGCUUAUAUGGAAGAAGCUAUGAAAGAAUUCACCAUUGGCUUGCAGGCGAUGCUUCAAAGAAGUUUCAACUCUUGCGCAUGCUCACAAGGACCACCUGGACCACCUGGAGAACGAGGAUUCAUGGGUCCACCGGGAAUUAGAGGAGAAAUUGGAUUCAAAGGAGAUGCCGGGCCACCGGGUACCCCAGGGAUUAAGGGGGAUACCGGCCCUCAGGGUACUCCAGGUUUUAAAGGAGAUGCUGGACCACGGGGUAACACAGGUAUGAAGGGCGAACAAGGCCAAACAUGUUCAGCGCCGAAAGUAACUAUCUCUCCAAGGAAGCUGACUGUUUUAAAAGGAACUACUGCCUCUUUUAGAUGCUCUGCUAGUGGAAAUCCAUGGCCUCGAGUAUCCUGGUCUAGGGCUGAUGGAUCGUUAGUUAACAAAAACGCCACGGUAACCUCAGAUGGGCUCAUAACGAUUCCCUCCGUCCGGCUGAUGGAUGCUGGAAGGUACACUUGCACGGCGGAGAACAUCGUGAGGAAGAUUGAAGAAACAGUUGAUCUGGUUGUACAAAGCUCACCAGAGGUUUCUCUUUCAUUUGGGCCAUCUUUCGUUCUUGAGGGCAAAGCUAUCACUCUUCCAACAUGUUACGCAAAUAAUAGCGUUCCUCCAGCGAUAUUCACCUGGUUUAAAGUUGAUGACAAUCUGAACCAAGAUAGAGCCGUUCCUAGAAACGGGCAACUGUCAAUAACGAAUGCUAGAAUGGAGGAUUCUGGUUUGUACCAGUGUAUGGCUUCCAAUAGCAUUGGAUAUCAUUCGGCGUACACUAAGCUGACUGUUGUGACGAUGCCAAAGUUUACGGUUCAUCCACCUGCCAAACUUGAAGCGACUUCAAACAAAACUAUCACCGUCCGUUGCCAGGCGACCGGUCAACCCAAACCUUUUAUCACGUGGGCGAAGAAGGGUGGAGAAUUGCCCAAAGGAAGAUCAAAUGUCAGCGAAGAUGGAACACUUCAAAUCUGGAGCCCUGAAAGUGACGACUCUGGGAGAUAUACUUGUACUGCAUCUCUGGAACAGAUUUCCGUUAAUGUGGCCUCUGUUAUGGAACUAACUGUUAAGAUCAAGAAAAGAGUGUGUGAGGCGAUCGGUGUACAGAAUAGAUACAAAGUACCAGAUAGCAGAAUGACGGCAAGCUCUUCCUUCGCUGGACAUUUCGAUGCAUCACGUGGAAGGCUCUGGAACCAAAGACAAGGAGGAUCAUGGGAACCCAAAUAUCCCGCAAAUGUUGGGAAAGAUUGGCUUCAAGUGGAUAUGGGUUCAAUGCUGUCUGUCUGUGCAGUGGCCACUCAGGGUAAUGGCUGGAUUUAUCCUGACUGGGUCACUGCGUAUAAAAUCAAACUCUCGACGGAUGGAAAUAUAUGGAAAUUCUAUCAGGAAGACGGUGUGGAUAAAAUAUUCACUGGAAACACAAAUGCAAAUGAUGUGGUAAAGAAUUUCCUUUCGCCUUUUGGCGUUGCCAGAUAUGUUCGCUUUUACCCCGUGAGAUAUAACACUUACCCGUCUUUAAGAGUUGAAAUAUAUGUUUCAAAAUACAUAUAACCUACAAUCUUGAAACUUCCAUAUCAUUUGAAACUGCCUUUAAAUCACUCCCGAUAUUAUAACAGGGUACGUGCCAACUAGCUUUAUAUGAAUAUAUUUUCAGUUUUGAA